GGGUGUACAGUCACAAGUCGGACUUUGAGGAGCCAGGAAGUAAGAACCAUGCAGCGCGACGGAUAAAGUCGAGAGAGCGGGCGUUUGUUGUCAGUGGACGAGGAUCACACGCUUGUAGGGUGAGAGGGAAUUAUAGCCAAUUGCGAAAUUGAGCCUAAUCCAUUGCUGUGACAGACUGUCCGCUCAGAUAAAAUUUGAGAGCUGGGAGAGCUCACGACCCUGCUUGGUUAGCAUAAGGUAAAUAUUACAUUAGCAUAUAACACACCCUUUACAAAAAGACGGAAGAGAAUAAAAACGCGUUGCUGCUAGGUUUGUCUUGUUCACACGCAAUUAAAAUAAAAGAAAAUUGAUCAGCAAAGCUUCAAGAUGCCUCGGGUGGUGCCGGAUCAAAGGAGCAAGUUUGAAAACGAAGAGUUCUUCAGGAAACUAAGUCGGGAGUGUGAGAUAAAAUACACCGGGUUCCGAGACAGACCGCACGAGGAGAGGCAAGCCAGGUUUCAGAACGCUUGUAGGGACGGUCGCUCAGAAAUAGCUUUUGUGGCGACGGGCACCAACCUCUCACUGCAGUUCUUCCCAGCCAACUUGCACGGAGAGCAGAGGCAGGCGCCCACACGAGAAUAUGUGGACUUUGAACGGGAGACGGGAAAGGUGUACCUGAAGGCCCCAAUGAUCCUGAAUGGCGUGUGUGUGAUCUGGAAAGGCUGGAUAGACCUGCAGCGACUGGAUGGGAUGGGCUGUCUGGAGUAUGAUGAGGAGAGGGCUCAGCAUGAGGACGCCCUGGCACAGGCCGCUUUCGAAGAGGCACGAAGGAGGACCCGGGACUUUGAGGACAGGGACCGCUCACACCGGGAGGACCUGGAGCCCAGGCGACAGCAAGACCCCAGCCCUGGCACCAACAUGGGCAACAACGCUGGCGAUCACAAGUUGCGCUAGAGGUCAGAGAUGCAGAAGGUGGUUCAGGCUGAUCUGUCCAUCAGUCACAAACCCUGACGACAAGCUGUUAACUGGAGAGACCAAUGGGGGUGGGGCAGGGAGGGUGGGGGUACC